CUCCUUCUAAACUCACCAGUGUGUCUGUUGAUCAGCUGCCUCCUUCUAAACUCACCAAUGUGUCUGAUGAUGAGCUGCCUCCGACCAGAGCUGAUGUAUGUUCAAGAAUUGUGGAAGAUGGCACCACAUGAUCUAUUGGUUUCCACAAUAUUGAAUGGAAAUGUAAGGCUAUUUCAUCGGUCAUUUUGCACUUUGCAGUCCACCAAGUGGCUUGAUGAUUCAGUUAUGAAUUUUUCUUUAAAAAUGAUGAGUCAAAACAAAAAUAUACUGGUGCUGGACUCUUUUUUGGUUGGGUGUAUUUUGACCGAAAAGGAAAGAGUGUUAAAACGUCAUUUAAUGAAAAGUGUGACUUUUUCGAACUUUGACGUAAUUAUGGGAGCGGUUAAUGUGAACCAAUCUCAUUGGAAUUUACUGUACAUUCACUUGAAGUCAAUGACAAUUGCUGUCAUUGAUCCAUUUGGACAUACAUGUUGUGACGUCACAUCAAAGUUCAGGAAUUAUCUUAAAAUGCGUAAUUGUGAGAGUGACAAAAACCUAACUGAAACACAGUGGAGAAAUGUGACUGUAGUUCAUCCUACACAAACUGAUUCUCACAGUUGUGGCAUUUUUGUUAUUAAGAUCGCUGAAGCUUUAUUGACUUCCAGAACAAAGAUGAAAAAAAAUGUGUGGUUUGAUGCUUCAAACAUUUUGCAAACCAGAAUGGAGAUAGCACAACAAAUUUUAAAUGUGUCAGGUAUGGAUCACUAUGCUUUUUAUGUAGGCCAAAAAUAUUCUAAUUUUAUUACAUUCCAUUGUAUUUUAGACAACUUGGAAGAGGUGUGCAACAUUUGUGGAAAAUGUAACGAAUCGUCUUUAUGGAUUGGAUGUGACUCAUGCCAUAGAUGGUUUCACUGUAAUUGUUUAAACAUUAAAAAAAAGGAAUACAACCAUAUAAGUGCACAGAAUACAAUCUGGCUUUGUCCUGUAUGCAAAGAAAAAUAAGGAACAAAUUUGUGGUGGGUUUAUAAGAGUUGUAAUGUUUUGUAUACUUUUAAAACAGAAAUUUUAACAAAUUAAUUUACUGUAUGGAAUAGAAGUUCACGUUUUACUCUUAUUUGUGACAGAUAUUUUGCUGACUUUUUGCUGGCUUCUGCUGAAGUGAUAAGAAGAAAAUUUUUAAUAAAAUUUUUUUAACUAAAA